CCGAUCGAUACCCACCUCUGUCCCUUUGUGCAGCGCCAAAUCUCAAAACAAAAAGUCAUCGAUUAAGUCUUACACGUACGACAGCAAGCAUGGCUGGGUUUUUCUCAGUGAUCUACGGUGGGACUGCGGGCUUGACGGCCUUCACUGCUAUUGUUGCUUGUCUACUAUGCGCUACCAGGCUUACCAGAGUUAAAGCUCACUGGAGAUCAUGGUACAUGGCCUUUACAAUACUCACUACCAUCACAACGCUUCUUGGCGUCGCCUCACAGUCGCUGCGACUUGCUUUCAAUAUAGCUUGGGACGAAUCAGAUAAUCCCCAUCGAGACUAUAACCGACAUGUCUACAUUGCGUUUAUCUUUACAGAUAUAACAUAUCAACUGUUUCUUAAUGCUUCACAGCUCGGACUCUUCUGUACAAUUCUGAUGGCAGGAGUCGGCUCGGACCAUUCCAAAUUUCAAAAAAUAUCACGUCUCAUCGUGUAUAUGGUUGGUGGCCUGUUGCUGGUCAUUAGUUUUGCCAAGUUCGCCGUUGAGUGCAAAUACUAUUUAUAUCUGACCAACGUCGCCGAUCCUUAUCAUGCGGAGGAAGAGAGCAGCAGCGUGGCAGGACAGGUCCUUGUGUCUGUCCGACUAGACACUGCCUUUAAGGUUAUGAUGCUAGUUGCUUCUAUCGGUGCCAUUGUGCAUUGUUUACUUACUGUAUUCAGUCCCCAGGGAGAAAAAAGGGUAAGAUUCUCAAGCGAUUCUUGAAAGAAUAUCGAAGUAAUUAACAAGAGACUAUAGACAGUCGUUGCCGCGGUAUUCCUACUUCUCACCACGGCUACUCUGCUCAGUAUUCUCGAGUCCAGUGUCAAUCCAUCGGACGGGACGGUGAAAUACACAGACGCAGAGGCUACGCUUGCCGCCCAGCUGGUUCUUAGCGUCCUCCUUGGUCUUAUACCUUUAGUCCUUUCUGUAGGAGUGCUUUCGAUGAGGCGCAAGGUGAGGACGAGCAACCAGGUAGGAGGCUCAGCAAACGAAGGUCAUGAACUGGAGAGUGGCGCCGAAGAACAGUCUGAUAAGGCUACAAAGAAGGAUGGCGUCGGAGGACAGUCUGAUAAGGCUGCAAAGAAGGGUGUCAGACUAGAUGAAUAAUUUUAUACAUAAAGAAUACAUGUAAUUUGUUAUAUAGCCAUAGAGCGUCUAUUGUAGGCGAUUUCGAAGACUUGUCCUAUUGCGCACACACUGGGGCGUAAUCAAUAUAUGGUGCUAGUCGCAGGCCCAGAUGGAAAUGGUCUCUAGCGUGGGUUGGACGGUUGGACUAUUGUCUAAAUACAAACCAAGGGACGGACCCUGUUUAAAAAUAGUCUAUUUAGAAUUAUGGGAUCCAGGUGGUUCGUGUUCAAGAAAGGCUGAGCUUUUGGUCCUGCGCCAUGAGUAGCGUCGCCCGACUCGUAUACAGAGCCCGC